AAAAGAGGUUUGAGUUUAGAUUGGGCAAGUGAGGUGAAGCACUUGUUGCAAAUUCAAACUCCACUCUUUUGCACUUUUCCAAAAUUUUAACUGCGCAGUAAUAAUGAAAAGAGAAAAAUGUUAAAAAAAGAAAGAAAAAAAGUUAGAAAAAGAAAACAGAGGAGGGUUAAGUUAACCGGGUAAAGCCGGUGAGAACGGCAAUGGGGGUGGGGAUCGUACGGGAUCCUUAUUUGGUUGGGACUGAGAAACGGCAAAGUAUAUGAACCCUUCUGAAGAACUACAGCUUUUCUCCUUUCUUUUCUUUUUUUUUUUUCUCUUUAUUUUUGCCCCUCUCUGCAGAGUGGAAAAUUAAUGUCCACAUUCUCUCACUUCUCUUAUCUUCUCCUCUGAAAUCCCCCCCUUCUUUUUUUUUUAUUUCUUUUUUUCUCAAUUUCCCUCUUAAUUUUUUGCCAUGGAUUUCGAAGAUCAAGAGGAACACGAAGAAGAAGAGAUGGACAUGACGGCAGCGAGUUACGACGACUCGUUGCCCAACUCAGGAACCCGACUCAAAAUCCCCACUACUGCUGACCAAAUCAUUUCAUCAUCUCCUGGACAGAGGAAACCCAAAUACAGAGAGUGCUUAAAAAAUCACGCCGUUGGCAUUGGAGGUCACGCCCUUGACGGUUGCGGCGAAUUUCUCGCCGCUGGAGCUGAAGGUACACUCGACGCUCUUAAAUGCGCCGCUUGUAACUGCCACCGCAACUUCCACCGUAAAGAAACCGACAACAACCUUAACCCCGCCGUAGGCGUCGGUCUCGGAAUCGGAGAGCCAUUUCUAUUACCCCACCCAGGACAGUUCUCCCCUUACUACCGAACCCCAGCUGGGUACCUCCACGUGGCGCCACAUCACAGGCCAUUAGCUCUCCCGUCGACAUCAGGCGGCGGUGGCACCCACAGCAGAGAAGAACAAGAAGAUAUGUCGAAUCCGAGCGGCGGAGGUGGCGGAGGAAGUAGUAGCUUUGGGAAGAAGAGAUUUAGAACAAAAUUUACACAAGAACAGAAGGACAGAAUGCUGGGACUGGCGGAGACAUUGGGUUGGAGAAUUCAAAAACACGACGAGGCGGUGGUGCAGCAGUUCUGUAACGACACCGGAGUAAAGCGGCACGUGCUCAAGGUGUGGAUGCAUAAUAACAAGCACACUCUUGGUAAGAAACCCUAGAAAACCACCCCAUAUUAAUUAAAAUUAAAACUAAAUUAUAUAUUAAAAAAAAUCAUAACUUCAUUGUUAAAUCAAAUGUUAACUUCAACUUCUCUCCAGAGCUCUCUCUAUUUUCCCGGAUUUUUAGAUUUAGGGUUUCAUUAUCCUCAUCCUCAUCUUCUUCUUCUUCUUCUUCUUGUUUUUUUUUUUUUUUUUUUUGGGGUUUGUGUUAAUUAAUUGGAAUAUUUGGAUAUAUCUAUUGUAUCCACUUAUUAAAUACCCUUAAUUUUUA